GUCGCUGCCCCCCACCUCGCCCCGGCUGCCGGCCCCUUUAUGUUCGGCGCUCACCAUGCCCGUGUCGUAGCCGGGUGCCCCUCCUCACGUCCCGCAUGCUCAGGACCAAACGCUCUCUUCUCGUCCGACGGCUCUGGCGGAGCCGCGCACCCGGCGGUGGAGAGGAGGAGACGGGCGACGGCGGAGCGCCGGUCGAGUCGCGGCUGCACUUAUGCGGCGGGGGGGGCCGGGGGUGCUGCCCGGCCAAACUCCCUCGCGGGGGCGGCCGGGGGGCGGCGGAGGGUGAACUGAAGGCUCUGACCUACGCUGUGCUGAAGCGCUGCAAGGAGCGGCAGCUGGAGGAGCUGCUGCGCGCCGUCGAGUCCCGCGGGGCGGCCCGCACCCCAUGCGUGUUGCUACCGGCACGUAGCGAAGCGCGGUUGGGCGCGCAGCGGGACGCGCUGCCCACGCUGCUGUGCCGUGUGUUCCGCUGGCCCGAGCUACGGCACGGCGCGCCCCUCAAGCGGCUCCGCGACUGCUGCCAGACCGACGACGCAGCGACUACCGAGUUCGUCUGCUGCAACCCGCACCACCUCAGCCGCCUCUGCGAGCUCGAGUCGCCCCCUCCGCCCUACUCCAGGUAUCCCAUGGAUUUCCUCAAGCCGAUGGCAGGUUGUCCAGACUCUGUGCCUUCCUCCACUGAAACAGGGGGGACUAAUUGUCUAGCCCCUGGGGGGCUCUCAGAUUCUCAAGUUAUUCAGGAGCCAGGGGAUCGCUCACACUGGUGCGUGGUGGCUUACUGGGAAGAGAAGAUGCGUGUGGGUCGGCUGUACUCUGUCCAAGAGCCCUCCUUGGAUAUCUUCUAUGAUCUACCUCAGGGGAAUGGCUUCUGCCUUGGACAGCUCAACUCGGACAACAAAAGCCAGCUGGUGCAGAAGGUGCGCAGCAAGAUCGGGUAUGGCAUCCAGCUCACCAAGGAGGUGGAUGGCGUGUGGGUCUACAACCGCAGCAGCUACCCCAUCUUCAUCAAGUCGGCCACACUAGACAACCCCGACUCCAGGAUGUUGCUGGUGCACAAAGUGUUCCCUGGUUUUUCCAUCAAGGCUUUUGAUUACGAGAAGGCAUACAGCCUGCAGAGGCCAAAUGACCACGAGUUCAUGCAGCAGCCAUGGGCCGGAUUUACCAUGCAGAUCAGCUUUGUGAAGGGCUGGGGCCAAUGCUAUACCAGGCAGUUCAUCAGCAGCUGCCCGUGCUGGUUGGAGGUUAUUUUUAAUGACCAAUGACAUGAGACAGAGCAGACUCAUAACAUUUAUAUUACUUUGCUGCUAUUACUUCUGUCUGAGUGCUUGCUUUUCGUGCAACCUUUUUGUUCUUGUUUUGUUUUGUUUGUUGUCAUUUCCCAUUUUAAGAAAUAGCUUAUGGAAAGAUUUUCACCCAGGUAUUUUAAUAAAUAGAUCUAUUUUUUAAAAGUGUGAAUGACCAGUAACUCAGAAGGGCAAGUAAAGGGCAGAGUGGGAGCAGACUGCAUACAAUAACCAUUUCCCACUUCCAAAAGUAUUAUCCUAUGUGGUGGAUGGGUUGGGAGCCACUUGCUCUUGGAUAGCGUGAUGGGAUCCCCUUAUUUUUCACACUCUCCAGUCCCAGUGCUGGUGGUACCCAACCAACACCCCUCUCCGGCAGUGCUAAUCCAAUGUAGCCACCACCAAUGGUGCACAAACUUCCCACCAGAUCUUAUCCCACCCGUGUAGUUUUUGUCAUUGAGUUUUGUUAUUGAGUGGUUGUUGUUGGGUUUGCGUCUUGUCCCUGUGUCCAUCCUGUACGCUGUCCAUCCAUACGCUCAUCCUUCCACCAUUUUAUCAUCAUGGAUUGGUACAAGGGGAGAAAACAAUGGUGAAGAAACCAUGCGUGGCUCAUGCUUUGCAAUUGGAGCUGAGAUACAACAUGACAUAAGCCUGAAAAAAAAACAACCCACAAAGCAAAACAAAACAAAAACAAAUGGAGAAGAAAAAGUGUUGAGAAUAGUUGAGUCUGUCAGAACCUGUUGAAUUAAGUUAUCCUGGUACAAUUGUAUCUGGAGAUGCCAUUAUGCUUUCUUUUCUUCUUGAAUUCAUACACACGUAUGAUACUUUUACAUUGUUCUUAGCUCAAUGAGCAUGUUUAGAACUUAAGCUAUUUUUCUAAAUACAGAGGUUUAAAUGAACAAGAGAGCAUUCACAUCGGAACUUUGGCAUUGUAGUGCUUUGGAAAGAAAACACAAAAAAGGAGUCCUUAAAAACCUGAGAUUUAUUAAAGAAAAAACUGCAUUUUAUGUUAUAUAUAAAUAUAUUAUUACUUGUAAAUACAAAGAUGUUUUAUAAGCAUCAUUAUUUAUGUAAUGUGCAAUGUGUAUAAAUGAGAAAAAUAAGAAAAGAUGCACUUUGCUUUAAUAUAAAUGCAAAUCACAAAUGCCAAAGUAAAAAAGAACAACCAUGAGAUUGGUGUUUUUUUCUAUGGGUGUUCUUAUCCAGAUGAAUGUUUUUUUUCUAAAGGAGUUUAUGUUCCAUGAAAAAAAUAAAAAAAUACACUUGA